CCUGGCUAACAAAGCCGCCGCGGCCUCUGUUGUGUGAUGUACGCGUGGGGGCUUCCGGCGGGCGGGGCGGAGGGGCUGCCACCACCACUGCGGCCGCCGCCGCCUCCGCCGCUGCUUUCGCUGGAGGGUGGGCGGAUGUACCGGGCGGCUGGGGCCCCGGCGCAAAGCGCCUCAGUGCCUGUGGUCCGCUCGUUGCGGCGGCCGCCACCGCAGGCGACAGGGGUGUCUUUUAUGAAUAAUCAAAAGCAGCAAAAGCCAACGCUAUCAGGCCAGCGUUUUAAAACUAGAAAAAGAGAUGAAAAAGAGAGGUUUGACCCUACUCAGUUUCAAGACUGUAUUAUUCAAGGCUUAACUGAAACCGGUACUGAUUUGGAAGCAGUAGCUAAGUUUCUUGAUGCUUCUGGAGCAAAACUUGAUUACCGUCGAUAUGCGGAAACACUCUUUGACAUUCUGGUGGCUGGUGGAAUGCUGGCCCCAGGUGGUACACUGGCAGAUGACAUGAUGCGUACAGAUGUCUGCGUGUUUGCAGCCCAAGAAGAUCUAGAGACCAUGCAAGCAUUUGCUCAGGUUUUUAACAAGUUAAUCAGGCGCUACAAAUACCUGGAGAAAGGUUUUGAAGAUGAAGUAAAAAAGCUGCUGCUGUUCUUAAAGGGUUUUUCAGAGUCGGAGAGGAACAAGCUAGCUAUGUUGACUGGUGUUCUUCUGGCUAAUGGAACACUUAAUGCAUCCAUUCUUAAUAGCCUUUAUAAUGAGAAUUUGGUUAAAGAAGGAGUUUCAGCAGCUUUUGCUGUGAAGCUCUUUAAAUCAUGGAUAAAUGAAAAAGAUAUCAAUGCAGUAGCUGCAAGUCUUCGGAAAGUCAGCAUGGAUAACAGACUGAUGGAACUCUUUCCUGCCAAUAAGCAAAGUGUUGAACACUUCACAAAGUAUUUUACUGAGGCAGGCUUGAAAGAGCUUUCAGAAUAUGUUCGGAAUCAGCAAACCAUCGGAGCUCGUAAGGAGCUCCAGAAAGAACUUCAAGAACAGAUGUCCCGUGGUGAUCCAUUUAAGGAUAUAAUUUUAUAUGUCAAGGAGGAGAUGAAAAAAAACAACAUCCCAGAGCCAGUUGUCAUCGGAAUAGUCUGGUCAAGUGUAAUGAGCACUGUGGAAUGGAACAAAAAAGAGGAGCUUGUAGCAGAGCAAGCCAUCAAGCACUUGAAGCAAUACAGCCCUCUACUUGCUGCCUUUACUACUCAAGGUCAGUCUGAGCUGACUCUGUUACUGAAGAUUCAGGAGUAUUGCUAUGACAACAUUCAUUUCAUGAAAGCCUUCCAGAAAAUAGUGGUGCUUUUUUAUAAAGCUGAAGUCCUGAGCGAAGAGCCCAUUUUGAAGUGGUAUAAAGAUGCACAUGUUGCGAAGGGGAAGAGUGUUUUCCUUGAGCAAAUGAAAAAGUUUGUAGAAUGGCUCAAAAAUGCUGAAGAAGAAUCUGAAUCUGAAGCUGAAGAAGGUGACUGAAUUUUGAAACUACACCCUCAGUAAAGCAAACAGGAGUUGUAGAUAAAAUGUCAUGUCUCAUGUGUCCUGGUUCUUACAUCUUCCUACCUCCCUGUAUCAAGCAUGAUAUAAGGGCUUUCAUGGCAAAUUUUAUUUUAACUGUUUCUAUGGUUGCUGGAAAUGUUGGGUUUAGUUUCUAAAACCAUGUUUUAAGUAGCUACAGGAGCUAUAGAUUUGAAUCUAAUGUUGCAUUAGUCUUUUUAGUUAUCUUCUACCUCCUGUAUUUUCUACUGUAAUAAUGUAAUUUAAGGCCUUCCACAAUGAACAGUUCACUUUAUUGCCUGGGUUUUCUAUAAACAGUUUUCAAGAUAUGAUUUGGUUAAAAAAUAAUUUGUUAUAAAAAUUCUGUUUGCAAAUUAAACUGGAAAAGUAUCCAAAGUCUCAAAA